UGGACCACUCAAUCUGAAAGCGACUCUCCAAUCCACAAAGCAGAUACAGUCAUAGGCGGAGUUUAAUACGGUUUUUUUUGUUGCCGUGCCGAUAGGCUAUUUAAUGAGGUGACUUCUGGUGGGCGAUAGAUUUGGGACUGGGAAACGGAGAUGCUGUGGUCGGGAUUGCUGUGCGUGGGCCUCUUGGCGCUGGCCGGCGCCAUCACGUGCCCGGACGGGGGCGCGUGCGCGGACGGGAGCGCUUGCUGUCGGACCGGUUCCGGUUCCGGUUCCAGAUAUGGCUGCUGUCCUCGCUCUCUUCCCAUGGUCCGAGCUUCUGCUGGGAAUGACGGGAACGACACUGUCUGUGCCGACGGCUCGCGCUGCCCUUCCGAAUAUUCCUGUCUGAAAUCCCACGGUCUGUACGAGUGCUGCCCCCUGCCCCAGGGUGUCUCCUGUUCAGAUGGGAAACACUGCUGCCCGGAGCACCACCAGUGUGGUGAGGAUGGACAUACCUGCAUCGAGGCAGAAGCUGUCCAAGCUCUCGGGGAGACCUCCGAGGUGAAGGUGACCUCCAUCACCUGUCCAGACGGAAGGGCGUGCCCCGAUCAAAAUACCUGCUGCCAGCUUCGCAGCGGCUCUUAUGGCUGCUGUCCCUACCCUGACGCUGUUUGCUGCAGUGACCAGCUGCACUGCUGCCCCUCUGGCACCAGGUGCGACCUGGAGCACAACACCUGCCAGUCCGCCGACUCGCGAACCCCAUUGGCUAGGACGAAUCCGACGAGCAGUGAAGUGGGGAACGUGCCAUGUGACUCCAGCCACUCCUGUCCCGAUGGCACCACCUGCUGCAAGACUGCAGGAGGGGACUGGGCCUGCUGCCCCCUGCCUGAGGCAGUGUGCUGUGACGAUCACACCCACUGCUGCCCCAAGGACACCACCUGCGACACGGCCGCCGGUCGCUGUAACGACGGCAUGCGCUCCGUGCCCUGGCUGGAGAAGGUGCCCUCUCUGACCCACCGCCCGAAUAAAGAGGGGAACGUGCCAUGUGACUCCACCCACGCCUGUCCCGAUGGCACCACCUGCUGCAAGACUGCAGGAGGGGACUGGGCCUGCUGCCCCCUGCCUGAGGCAGUGUGCUGUGACGAUCACAUCCACUGCUGCCCCAAGGACACCACCUGCGACACGGCCGCCGGUCGCUGUAACGGCGGCAUGCGCUCCGUGCCCUGGCUGGAGAAGGUGCCCUCUCUGACCCACCGCCCAAAUAAAGAGGGGAACGUGCCAUGUGACUCCACCCACUCCUGUCCCGAUGGCACCACCUGCUGCAAGACUGCAGGAGGGGACUGGGCCUGCUGCCCCCUGCCUGAGGCAGUGUGCUGUGACGAUCACACCCACUGCUGCCCCAAGGACACCACCUGCGACACGGCCGCCGGCACCUGUAACGACGGCAUGCGCUCCGUGCCCUGGCUGGAGAAGGUGCCCUCUCUGACCCACCGCCCGAAUAAAGAGGGGAACGUGCCAUGUGACUCCACCCACGCCUGUCCCGAUGGCACCACCUGCUGCAAGACUGCAGGAGGGGACUGGGCCUGCUGCCCCCUGCCUGAGGCAGUGUGCUGUGACGAUCACACCCACUGCUGCCCCAAGGACACCACCUGCGACACGGCCGCCGGCACCUGUAACGACGGCAUGCGCUCCGUGCCCUGGCUGGAGAAGGUGCCCUCUCUGACCCACCGCCCAAAUAAAGAGGGGAACGUGCCAUGUAACUCCACCCACGCCUGUCCCGAUGGCACCACCUGCUGCAAGACUGCAGGAGGGGACUGGGCCUGCUGUCCCCUGCCUGAGGCAGUGUGCUGUGACGAUCACAUCCACUGCUGCCCCAAGGGCAACACCUGCAAUUUGGCCGCCAGCACCUGUGACGACGGCAUGCGCUCCGUGCCCUGGCUGGAGAAGGUGCCGGCUCUCUCUCGCAUGCACCGAGGGGCCAAAAUGAGGGCCCCCCAGCUGCAGAAGGUCCCCUGCGACGCCACCGUCAGCUGUCCCGAUAGCAACACCUGCUGUUUCAUGAAGAGUCUCCGUCGAUGGGGCUGCUGCCCUCUUCCUAACGCGGUGUGCUGCGGCGACGGGACAUACUGCUGUCCCAGCGGCUACACCUGCGACCCCACCGCCAGGUCCUGUUCCAAGUCGGGAGAGCCUCGCUGGGACAGUCGCCUCUUCAGGAGGCGAAUUUAAUUCGCCAGUGGUGCUGAGCCAAUCCGACCGCACCGCCCUGCUCGCCACGGCGACGAUCGAUGCUACGCGACACGCCAUUGGACAUUCUCACCCACAACAUACACUCCACAGCCAUAAACCUACGCAACAGGGCAUGGGAAAUUGUCAAUAAUAAUAAUAAUAAUAAUAAUAACAGUGAUGAUAAUAACAAUCUAUUUGUGUAUGUAUGUUGUAUCAUUUUAAACAGGGUGCACACAUUAUGUCAGGAGUGUUACGAAUGUAUAAAGCAACUAUAAAUCAAAGUACUGCUUCGUAAAAUGAAGGAAAAGGAGUAUAUGGAACAUUUUAAAUGUCAAAAAUGAAGCUUAAAAAAGGCUUAGAAAUGUACGAAAACUGGGUGUAUUUUAUUUUAUGCUACAAAUCAUAUCAGCCUAUCGGUAAAUUUGAAAUAUAUUAUCUCAGAGAUUACUGGAUGAAUCUUGAAUGAAAUUUUGGGAAUAUGGCACAGGUGCAAUUUUGGCACAGGGGGGUGUUUUUAAAAAUAAAAAUAAAAAUGAUUCCUGCUGA